AUGAGUAAAAAUUUUAACAUCUCCAAUUACAAUUUAGAUUUAAUCAAAUGUUUACAAAAUGAUUCAGGAAUUUAUUUUAUAUUAGAUCCUUCAAAAGCCAUCAACGAUAAAAAAAGUUCUGAAGUAUAUGAUAUAUUUAUCCCUGAAAAUAGUGAUGGUGUUACUUUAUAUGUGCAGAAACUAAGUGAUGAAUACAAAUGCAUAGGAGUGAGUAUAACGAAGAAGGGUAUUGAUAUCAAUACUGGCACGCGCAUCUUUAAUACGAAGAUUGCCGACUGGCUGGAGCAGCUGUUUCAUUUUAACAAAACAUUGUCAAGUGGCAGCCAGCCCAGUGGCAACGGGGGUGCAAGUGCCAGCGCCGCUAGCGUUAUCGGCCAUAGCGGUCAUAGCGGCCAUAGCGGCCAUAGCGGUCAUAGCGGUCAUAGCGGUCAUAGCGGCCACAACGGCCACAACGGCCAUAGCGGCAUUAACACCGUCAUAAACAAUUGCAGCAAAGGCGCGAAUGCGGCCAUCAGCGCCCUGAGCAGCAGCGCAAACGGCAGCACCGGUGUCAGCGGCGUUAGCGGUGUUAGCGGUGUUGGCGGUGUUGGCGGCGUUAGCGGUGUUGGCGGCGUUAGCGGUGUUGGCGGCGUUAGCGGUGCGAAUAAACACAGCGUCGGUGGCUACAACAACGUCAGGCAUAUGUCCUCCCCGGGCAUGCAACAAGGACCAAUCACCAACCUAGUUAAAAAUCCCAAGAGCAACUUUGACAACUUUGAAAAUAACGAGAACAACUACAACUCCGCGGUGUGCAAUAAGAAGGGCAAUAAAAUGGUAAACCAGUCCAGCUGCAAUUUAAACCAAAGCAACGGUACCAAUAAUGUCGUAACGCAUAUUGUGCCCUCAACCAAUUUGUCAACUGCUACUCAGUCGAAGGACAAUAACAAUAACAGUAACAGUAACAGUAAUAGUAACAGUAACACCCCUUCGACUCACCCCCACAUGCAGCAGGUGCAGCACGCCAAGCAAAUAAGGUUAAAUCAGAUGAACGCAACCCACUCGCACAAGUCUCAUUUGCUACCGUACCACGGAGCGAAUUACGAGGACAAGAAUAGUAAGCUGUACAACAGCGUGGGAAGUGCGACCAGCGGAGGGGCACAUGUCAGCGGGGCCAAUGUCAGCAUGGCAAAUGUCAGUGGGGCCAAUAUCGGCGGGGCAAAUGUCGGCGGGGCCAAUGUCAGCGGGGCCAAUGCCAGCAGUGUGAACAGCAAAAAUGUGAUCAAUGGGGCAUCGGCCAAUUUGGGUGCAUCAUCGGGCGUGGGGUCCGGCAACCAGCAGGGGGCGUCUAACCCGAACAGUGAACUCAUGAAGAAUAACAAGCUGGGGUGCACCAGUAGACAGAAAAAUGUUAACCACCAUGUGCAUGGCAGCCACCAGCAGCAUAGCAGCCACCAGCAGCACAACAAUCACCAGCAGCAUAACCAUCAGUCAAAUCACCAACAUGGUGGUGGCGACUCCUUGUACAACGCGCAUAGCUCGCACAACGCGCAUAGCUCGCACAACGCGCACAGCUCGCAUAACGCGCACCCGAACAAUAACCACAUAUAUAAUAAUCACAAACCGCAACAGCAGUCGUACAAUGAAAACUUCGGCUAUCGACCAACCCUGUUCAACUUGCUUGAAGUUCUGGCAAAUCAUAAUAUUACAACUCCAGAUCAGCGUGUGUGCAUAAGGGGAAUAGUUACCGAUUUUUUAAACAAUGAAUUGCCUCAUGGGAAGAUAUAUGCAUACAUAGGUGCAGUAGUCGGACACGACAUCCUACAUGACAUAAUAAGGAAACUAGAGAAGGAUCCAAAUCGAAAUGUUGUUCCAGAUGCUUCUGGCUUAGCAAGGAUAGAAGCAGCUUUUGGAUUAAGUAAAUCGUCAUAUGAUUUUAUGAACCACAACUCCAACAAUACAAGUGUUAAUAAUAUACCAAAUGUUUUAUUUAACCAUCGAAAUUUAAACAGUGCUCUGCUAAAUAAUCAUAUUUAUUCGAGUAUCUUGUCCAAUGUAGCUAACAGUAGCUUGGUCAAUAAUAAUAGUAGCUCUAAUGGGGGUAUUGCUGGUAGUGUGGCUGUUGCUGGAACUGUGGGUGGUGGUAAUGCCAACGCACGUAGUGUUGACCGUAUGAAUAUUGACAGUGAAAAAAUUUUAAGUAAUGUUAAAACGCAGGCUGAUUUAAACAACCUGCUUAAGUAUGCCAAGGGAGGAAGUGAUAAGUAUGCCUUGUCUUGUAACAAUUUGAUUAAUAUGAAUAAAAAAAAAGGGGGGGUUCCUCCCAGUAUGAAUAAUUUAUUAAAUAUACGUUCUGAGGGUAUGUUUAACAAUGGUAUGGCUUCCGUUGGCGGGGUAGGCAACAUGGGGGGAAUGAAUCAGAAAGGUAGUGGACUCAGUGCACACGAUUAUCUGUGUGUGUCGAGGAACCUAAAUAUGCAAUAUAAUCCCCUGAACAAUAGGGUAAGCGCUUCGGAUGAUGAGGAAGAGCUCAUGAAGGUGAUUAAGAAAAAUAUCGAAACUUACAAAAUGAACAAUAUUAAAAAUAUGCUUAUAUCAUCCGUUUUCGGAAGAAUAAAGUGGCUUAAAAUAAUGAACGAAUCACCACACGCUUAUCUCUACGGACAUAGUAUUGUCAAGUUUGGAAAUAAAUUGUACAUGUUCGGAGGGACAAAUAGCAAACAUAAAAAGGUUCCAUUUAAUCAUACUCUCACGUUUAGUCUUAUUUAUUAUAAUUAUAAAUUAUUGCCACUUGGUGGAAACUACCCUGAAGAGAGAGAUGGUCACACCACGCACUUGAUCUCGUUGAAAACCGGACUAGCUGUGUUUCUUUUCGGAGGUAGUAAUGAGAAUACCUACUUUAAUGAUAUUUAUACACUCGAUAUGGAGACCCGGAAAUGGAGCCAAAGAAUUACCAGGGGGAAAAUACCCCUGCCUAGGGAUCAACACUGCUCACUUGUAUACCCUGCCAAAAGUGAGCACGUCCGAGGGGAAAAGACAAACCUAACAGAGGGAGUUAUAAUUUUUGGAGGGAAAUGCCUCUACAAUAACAAUAUUGUUAACCUGAACGACAUGUGGAUUUUUUUAUUUCAGCUUAACAUGUGGGUCCGAAUCAAUUACACAAGUCAAGAAUCUCCCAUUGGAAGAUAUGGUAUGAAUUUCGUUUGGUCUGACACGAAUACGUUGUGUUUGUUUGGUGGAGAGUACUUUGAUUGGAAUAAGAACUGUCGUGAGAGGAAGUUACUGGACGACAUGUGGACCUUCCGUCUGAACUCUGCGUCCACCUCGAAUGCGGUCAGCACAGGGGCAGGGGCAGGAGCAGGGGCAGGAGCAGCAGCAGCUACAAGUGCCCCCCCGGUUGGCGGUGCAGGAGGGGUAGGCAGCCUCAGUGCACUAGGCAACGUGGGCAGCAUCAGUGCUUUAGGCAGCAUGGGUGCCGCGGGAGGAGUGCCCACCAGUGCAGGUGCAUGCAGAAAUUUUAUCUAUAAUAACUCCAGCUCCAUGGAAGGGACGGUCUACAACGCGGUUGACAUAAUGCACGCAGAUUCGUUCAACAAUGGAAAUAUCCAUGGUGGUGGAAAUAAUGGUGUCGGGGGUAGUAACAACAACGAGGGAAACAGCAAGCAGUUUUAUCAAAACAACUUGGCCACCAGUCAGUCUAUAGAUAAGAGCAGCACGUGCGAGAAUUUAAACAGCCUGACGAAUAAUGCCUUGGUGGAGAAUGCCCUUCCAAAUGCAUCCUUCAAUUUGAGUGAUGAUGAUGACACCCCAAAUAAUGAAAACGAUCAUGUGAAUAACAUCCUUAAGAGAGUAAAAAUAACAGGGGAAUGGAAGAGAGAGAUAUACGAUGGAAAAAUUGGCUGUAGGUCCAACUAUAGUAGUAUUUUCAUAACUCAGAGGCACCAAGAUUUUAAGAGUGCAGAACCUAAGACGAUAGAAAAGUUGAUGUUACUGUGCAGUGGAAUAACUUACAUGAAUAAGGAAAAUAAAUUGAAAAUAGUUUCAAGUGACGAAAUUUAUGUCUACUUUUUUUCUCAAAAGAGAUGGUAUCUACUAAGGGGGAAAUUAUACAAUGAAGAAUUUAUAUAUAAUGCUAGACAGAGACAUGUGGGUUGCUUUUUCGAAUCAAAGAAUGUACUUGGUAGAGCCAAUAAAAAUCCCGUUCCUUGUAUAUUCAUUCAAGGAGGGUUUAAAAAAAAUUCCAUCUUUGGAGACGCCUGGUUGUUAUCUCUCACAGGUGAUAACCCCCUUAGAAUACAUGAAUAUGACACAUCAAGGGAAAAAAUAUCCACCACGCAAAUGCCACUGUACUACUUUAGAGAUACUCAUUCGAUUAGUCUACUCUACAGCUUCUGCACUUUGCAGAAAUGGCUUUUUGGUGCAUUUGCUAAUUUGGUCGAUAAUUGUGUACAUGCUUUAAAUCCAGCAGAAAAUAUUUUUAUAAAAUAUGAGUUGACACCUGAGCAUGAUGGGAUGUUAUCUAUUCAGGAUGAUGGGGAAGGUCUCGACUUCAACGCCAUGAAUAGAAUUCUCCGCCUUUAUGGAAACUAUCGCAACUAUGAUAACAACAACAGCUUGUAUAAUGAAUCCGGUAUGGGAUCAAGUGUGAAGAAACAUAACUUCCCCAAUACCGAUUUUGUGAGUAGCAACCGAAUUGACGACUACGAUGAGGAUGAGGACAGCGGUCGGGCGGAUGGCAGUGGUGGUGGAAGCGGCGGUGGUGGCAAUGGCGGCGGUGGUGGGGAUAGUGCAACCGGGGACGGGAUCCACCAGGAAGGCGCCGCGGGACAGAAUAAUAAUAAUAACCCCAUAGGGGAAGAAGCACAGACGACGAAAAACAACAGUGAAGCAUCCCCUGAGGGGGGUAAUCAAAGGAAGAAGAAAAAAUGCGCCUUCAAUGACGAUUAUUAUCAUAAGAAUUAUGAUCAAGAAUUUUUUUACAACGAAAAUGCGAAUGCAAUUUUUGAUAUAAAGUAUGGGGUAGGGUUUAAAAUGUCAUUUGCUCGUAUUUCCUCCAGUUGUGCCAUCAUGUCCAGGACGAUAAACACCAUCGGGAUCGGAUUACUCUCUCUAGAAUUAAUGAACCACUGUGACGCCAAGGAGCUAGCCACCCCUCUGUGCAUGUGGAAAUUACCUAAUAAAGAAUUAAUAAACAGAAACAUUGCCAAUAAGUCGGAGCAUAGGCACCAUCAGAAGCUCCUCAUGUCCUACACGCCAUUCAAUAGCCCCAGCCUGCUAGCCGAACAGAUUAAUAUCCUUGGCACGUAUAGUGGUACUAGGUUACUAUACUGGGAUUUUAGAGACGACAUGGAUUUUAUUGUAUUUUCCCCAGCGAAUAAUAAUAUCUACCUGAGCAGCUCCCCCCUCAGCAUUGACGAAAUUAAGUGUAGCAAGAAGAAAAGGGUAGCCACGAACGGGGCCACGAACGGGUUGGACGCUUCCAGAAAACUCAACUGCAUUGAGGACGUUAAUCUGAGCAACAGAGAAGUUAAGCGAAAGGCUCAUUUUGAUCAGCAUGAGGAAGAAGGGGAAAAAUAUAAAAGGAGCAAAAUCGAUCAUGGUGCGAGUGGACUGCAUGUCGGUAAUAAUGGGACGACCACAGAUGGGGAGAAGGACGAACAGGUUGCCCAGGUCGAAGAGAAGAAUGACACAUCACUGGUUAAGGAUGAGCAGCAGUAUAGUGCAAACGAUAACUUGGAGGGCGGCAGCGACAGGAAUAAGAGGCCCGACGGAGAGAACAACGAUGCUACUGUCGCCCCGUUUGGUGAAACGGGUGAAGGUAAUGCUAAACAUCCAAACAAAAGCAGCACUGGUAGGAAUGGCAGCCAAAACGACGAGGUGAGCGAAAAAUGCGCCCAGGUUGGUAGUUCCAACGGUGUGACUUCCCCCAACGGUGUGACCUCCCCCAACGGUGCGGCUUCCCCUCCACAGGGAGGAGCAGAGAAUGAUGCAGAUGCGAGCACAGCAGUGAACCAAAAGGAAGAUGAACCCAAAGGAGGAGGGGAAAAAAUACCAACCCAUCCAAAGAGUAACAAAAGUAGGUAUUACGAAAAUGAGCAGUUUCAGCACAGCAAUGACAUUUUGAAGAGGAUGAAUUUGUUCGAAUACAACUCCCAUUUACAUCCGUCCAUAUCGAAGGAGAAGUACAACGUUAGUCCCAUUUUUCCCUUGUGGGAUCAUCCCAAAGAUAGCAUCGACUAUUGCUUGUCUACUUAUUUGUAUUGGCUCUACCUGAGGAGAAGUACGAAUAUUUUUCUCCAGAACACCCUGCUGAUACCGACGUGUAUGAGGAGAGACGAGCACAGUGCGAACGGAGGGGCAGGAGAUGCCACAGGCACGUCUUCCACAGGUAUCCAUAAGGGGAAGAAACUUAAGAGGGGAAAGAAAUUCAAAAAGGGAGCCACGAAGAAUGGGAACAGUGGUGCAGAAGUGGAGAAGAAGGAAAAAGCGGAGCAGGCGGAGAAGGGGGAGAAAGGGGAGGACGGAAAUACAGCUGUGGCAGUGAAGGAAGAAGUGAACCAUGAAGUGACGAACGGAGUAGGAGGAGGUGACCUACCGAGUAAGGACCAGGACCACGCCGUAGUUGCCCCUAGCAGUGACGACCCAAGCACAGAGAAAAACGGAGAUGAGAGUACCAACCAGGGUAACAUCAUCAACGAUUUGAACAACGAUUUGAACAACGAUGGAGUGCCCAACGAGGGAGUGCCCAGCGAGAAGGCCCACUUGAAGAACGAACUACAGGCAGAGGCAGAUGCACAGGCGGAGGUGCCCGGUAGCAGUAGUAGUACUACUAGCAACAAUAAGGUCUGUGUCGACAGUUUGGAUGUCCCUGGGGCAACUGAAGCGAGUAGUAACGGUGAUAUAAAUGGAAGUAAGGGGAACACGGGAAAGGCUUCAAACGAAGGAGAUGGGUCUGGCACUGGUUCUGGAGGAGUGGGUGCCCCCUCUAGUCACGCUGCUGCACAUGCGGUGGAGAGUAAUGUCGAGGUUAGUGCCAAGGAAGCUGAAACGAAUGAAGAAGAUGACAGCGAAGUAGAUGAAAAUGGGUUCACAAAGUUGCAGAAGAAAAAAUUAGAAGAAGCUUUAGAGUAUGGAAUAUCACAGGAAGUGAAAAAACGCAAACAUGUGCAUAGGAACGAAACGGAUGAUAGUGCACAGGAGGAUGACUACAAUGAGGAUGGUGAGGAAGAGGAUGAGGAAGAAGAGGAGGACGAUGAGGAGGAGGAGGAUGAAGGCAAAAAAAACGCUAACGCUACGGAGAAUUUGAACAGUGUAGAGAAAGCGCAGCAGGGAGAAGAGGCGAAUGGGGCAAACGACGCGGAGGCCAAUGUCGGCGAAUCGACCCCAAAUGGGGAAUACACCGGUGACGCGAACAACCAGGAGAAGGCACAAGAAACGAAUGGCGCGCAGCUGAGUGGCGCAGCCCUCGGGAAGAACCCAGACGGAGCGGAAAAUCAAGAACCCUCCCCCAAAGGCACAUUCGCAAAAGAAGGAGGAGCCGCAGCAGCGGGAGGAGUAGCCGCAGCAGGAGGAGCCGCACCAGGAGUAGCCGCACCAGGAGUAGCCGCAGCAGGAGGAACCGCACCAGGAGGAAAAAGAAUGAAGAAGACAAAAAAUAAAAGAGAAAAAAGCGAAAACGGAGUGGGAAAAAGAAGAGGAAAUAAUCAUAUGAUGAACCAUCAUAGUAAUGAUGCCAAAAAUGAAGAAAAUGAAAAAGCACGGAAAGAAAAUUAUGUCAAUGUAUAUAUGGAGACACUCAAAAUUAAGGAUGAGUAUUAUAUAAAUAAUACGAAUAAAUAUACCCUGUACAAUUUUUUGAGAAGAAAGCUUUACAGAAUGGUUGAGUUCCAUUAUUUGUUUACUCCUUCUGAUUAUGAAUACGGCUCAUUCAUUAUGAUGGGGUUCCUAAACGACAACACGAGUACAUCUAUAGAGGUAAAUAGAAUUUGUGAGGUUGGAAUUUUACUCUAUUACAAAAACCGACUAAUCAAACGGUUGGAUGCUCCCUUCAUAGACACUGCCUACAAUCUGUCACUUUCCAAAUACCCUCCAAACCCAUCCUUAUACGAAGGGAAUCUGUACAAGUAUGCCUUAACAGUUAUUGUUAAUGUCCCCAAUUGGCUUAAACCAUCCAUUAGCAAACAAGAAUUUGUUCAUGAAAAUAAUUAUGCUUUCCUUCUCUUUAAGAAAAAACUGGUGAGUCUGAUUAAGUACUACCUCUGCAUCUGUGAGGACACGGUUAAGCUAACCAAAUGGAGAGAAUCCCGCGACCUUAAGUUGAAGAGGUAUCUAGAAAAUAUGCAGUAUAGCAAUAGACCUUCCAAAAAUGACUCUGAUAAUGAGUACGAGAAGGCGUACAAAAUAAUGUACACUGAUAAGGGGAAGAACAGAAAUGACCAGGAGGAGGAGGUCGUGCCUCAUAAGGAAGAGGAACCGCAAAGGAGGGAACGCGCAGCGGCACAGCUAGCCAAAACUGGUGAAAGCAGAGCCCACGAGGGAAAGAGAAGGAGGGAGUCGGCUAAUGCGGUAGAAGCGGUAGAGGCGGUAGAGGCGGUGGAAGCGGCGGAAGCGGUAGAAGGGGCAAAUGUGGGAAAUGCGACGAAUGCGGCAGAUGCACCCACUGGAGAUAAGCUCCAGGAGAGCGGUGCCAACCUAAAGGAGGAGGAGGAAGAAGAAGAACCCGCAGAGAAUGACAUGCCAGCCGAGGAGGAAGACGCGGCAGAGGAGGUGGCUGCGGAGGAGGAGGAGGAGGAGGAAGCGGAGGAGGAAGCGGAAGAGGGCGAAGAAAGCAACGAGCAGUACGCACAUAAACCCAAAAAGGAAGCGAAGCGGAAAAAGCGAAAUGAAGAGGAGGAAGAGGAGGGAGAGGAGGAAGAGGAAGAGGUAGAACAGGUCGAAGGGGACGAAGAGGGCGAAGAAGGCGAAGGGGGCGAAGAAGAUGAGGAGUAUGUGCCGGAGGAAGACGAAGAGCACAGAGAUGCCGAUGCGGAGGAGGACAACGAAGAGGAGGACGAAAGAAAGGCGAGGAAAAAACAAAAAGUCAGUCAUGAAGAAGCGGACGAUGAGGAGGAAGAAGAAGAAGAGGAAGAGGAAGUUGAGGAGGAGGACGAUGAGGAGGAGGAAGAGGAAGAGGAAGAGGUUGAGGAAGUAGAUGAGGAGGAGGGAGAAAAGGAUGGUGAAGAGGGGGAGGAAGAAGUCGAGGAGGGAGAGGAAGAAGUCGAGGAGGAAGAUGAGGAAGAGUACGACCCAGAAGAAGAUGAAGAACAUAACAACGAAGUGGUUAGGGUUGUAGAUGACGAGGAUGAGGAGAAGGAAAACCUCGCCAAUUGCCACGAAGACGAGAACGACGUGGAGGAGGAGAACUACCCAGACGGGGAGAACUACGCCGACGAGUGGAGCAGCUAA